AUUAGGGUUGGGGGGGGGGGGCUGCCCCUGUGGGUACAUUUUCUUGUAUGUACAGAGAAGGCUGAGUGCAUCUGCAGGCUAUGGGAGCGGAGAAGGACAUGGCAGCCGAGUCUUCAUAGACUAGUAUGGGAGGGAAGCUGCAGGCUCCAUAUUGGCUGAGGAUGUAGUGUGCUGUGGGUCAGCUCCCUGCCUCCUGUUAGUGACAUCCAUGUGUAUGACUGUGUAUAGUGCAGUGGGGAGCAAUACCAUACUGCUGUGACUGGGGGCGCCAUUGAGUAGGUAUUAGUAGCACAAUCCCACUGCUCGCUGCUGUGUCUUAUAUUGUCUCUUAUAUUACGCUGCUGUGUAGAUAAAGUUUUCGGGGUCACUAUAAAAGUUCAGUGGGGGAUGAGCAAUGUGGGCAAGCCGUGUGCACGGUGCUGCUGAGGCGUAUUCCCAGUCUACGGUCCACUGAGCGGCAACAUUGUUCCAGAAUGGCCCACCUCCGAGACUUCCCAGCACAGGGUUCCAGAAUGGAUCCAGAACGACUUUUCACCAAGCUUGAGCGCAUUGGGAGGGGCUCCUUCGGAGAAGUGUACAAAGGUAUAGAGAACCGUAGCAAAGAAGUGGUGGCGAUCAAGAUCAUUGACUUGGAAGAGGCGGAAGAUGAGAUCGAAGACAUUCAACAGGAGAUCACUGUUCUGAGCCAGUGUGACAGUCCUUACAUUACACGCUAUUAUGGCUCCUACCUGAAGGGGUCAAAGCUCUGGAUCAUUAUGGAGUAUUUGGGUGGAGGAUCUGCACUAGACUUGUUGAAACCUGGCCCACUGGAGGAGUCCUAUAUAGCAACCAUAUUACGGGAGAUCCUUAAAGGUCUAGAUUAUUUACACUCUGAGAGGAAGAUUCACAGAGACAUUAAAGCUGCAAAUGUGUUGCUAUCGGAGCAGGGGGAUGUAAAGCUGGCUGACUUUGGAGUAGCGGGUCAACUGACGGAUACCCAGAUCAAAAGGAACACCUUUGUGGGGACACCAUUCUGGAUGGCUCCUGAGGUCAUCAAGCAGUCUGCCUAUGACUUUAAGGCAGAUAUUUGGUCCCUAGGCAUCACAGCUAUUGAGCUAGCUAAGGGAGAACCUCCGUAUUCUGACCUCCAUCCUAUGAGAGUCUUAUUCUUAAUCCCGAAGAAUAACCCUCCUGCCUUGCAGGGACAGCACAGCAAACCAUUUAAAGAAUUUGUUGACGCUUGUUUGAACAAAGACCCCCGACUGAGGCCCACAGCCCGGGAGCUGCUUAAACAUCGUUUCAUCUUACGAUACACCAAGAAAACCUCCUUCCUUAUGGAGCUGGUGGAACGCUAUCGGCGCUGGAAAUCUCAGGGCCACCGAGACGACUCCAGCUCUGACGACUCCGAUUUAGACAAUGAAGAUGACAAAAGUCAGUCCCAGACCCCUCACUGGUCAUUUCCUGAAACCAUGCGCCCCUCCUCCAUGAGCCGACUACAGUGGGGAUACCAGCAGCCAGCCGAAGCUAUUAAACGCCUGCCAAGAUCCCACUGCUUAUCGGCUCUAGUAGCUCCGGUCUUCCAGGAGCUGAGAGAGCAGCGCUGUGCUGGGGCAUUUGGAUCCGUACAAGAACUAGAGAACGCUUUUAGUUUGGCAGAGGAGUCCAGCCCUGGAAUCACAGACCAACUCAUUUCUCACUUGGUUCAUCGUGUGCAAAGGUUCUCCUCUGCAUCGUGAGCCCACAACUUUGGUGCUCCACACUUUAUUCCUUCAUGUCCCAGCCUGGACCAGGAUUACACUGUGAACAAGGACAUGACCAACAUGGCAUUACUUUAAGUGUAUUAUUCUUUAUUUUUAUUGUCACAUACAAAAAUGUUUACCAAUAUUUCUCAUCAGCACAAAAUGUAAAAAAUAUACUGACAUUUCAUACAUAAAACAUUGUGAAAAUUGU